AUGUCGAACAUCACGCUCACCGUUGAGCCGAGGGGCAAACCCAUCCGCAAGCUCCCCAAGGAGGUUGAGAUCAGUCUCAAUGCCUCGACAGAAGAACUGCAUACCGCGCUCUCCGCAGCCUCCGGAUGCUCAAUCCACCGGAUGAGAAUCACCAAGGGUAGCGACCGCAGCGUGGUACCAAACUCGAACGGUACCACCAUUGACGAAACAGGCCUGCGCAACUCCAGCGUCAUUCACGUCAAGGAUCUCGGCCCCCAGAUUGCCUGGCGCACAGUCUUCAUCAUCGAAUACCUAGGCCCCCUCCUGAUCCCCGCGCUCUUCCUCUUCCCCCUCCGCCCCCUCCUGUACUUUAACUAUGACAAGCCCCUUCCGGAACCAACAGACGUGCAGCUCCUCGUUUGCGCCCUCCUAACCGCCCACUUCCUCAAGCGCGAGUUCGAAACCCUCUUCGUCCAUCGCUUCAGCAACGCAACCAUGCCCGCCCGCAACAUCGUCAAGAACAGCGCCCACUACUGGGCCCUGGCCGGCUUCAACAUCUCCUACUGGGUCUUCCGCCCGGAUUCGUCUGCUGCGACUGACUCACCCAACGAUGCUCUUGUGUAUGCUGGUCUGGGUCUGUUCUCUUUCAGUCAGCUGGCUAACUUGAAUGCGCACUUGAUUCUGCGGAACCUUCGUCGUGAGGGUACAACUGAGCGUGGUAUUCCUUCUGGAUUUGGUUUCAACUGGGUCACUUGCCCCAACUACUUCUUUGAGAUUAUGGCUUGGAUUGGUGUUUACCUUGUCAGUCAGUGCAACUGGAGUGUAUUGUUCUUUAUCCUGGUUGGUGGGUUGCAGAUGUGGGGCUGGGCUUUGAAGAAGGAGAAGCGCUAUCGCAAGGAGUUUGGUGAUAAGUAUAAGAAGAAGCGCUGUGUUAUCCUGCCUGGCCUUCUUUAG